CGUCGUGCAGCUGCAGGUAGGAGAUGCAAAGACUCUUGGGCCUUGAUUGCAGAGACCCGGGGGCUGCUUCGGCGCACGGGGGUGGUGCGUGUCCGUCUCCCUUCAACGUCUUCCCCGGAGGGCAAGGUUGUCGGCCCAGCGCCGCUGGUGCGGAUGCCCUUCGGGGACCCUGUGUCCCUGAGGGGCCGUCGCUGGCGGUUGGGCGGCCCCAGCGGGGUGACUUGGCUCCUGGGUCAGCAGGGCUGGCGCCUGGCCACCAAGUCGCCCUGAGUUGGAGGGGGCCGUGGGGGGUCGGGGCUGGGCUUCAGAAUCUGGGGAACACCUGCUACGUGAAUGCAGCGCUGCAGUGUCUGAGCCACACGCCGCCCCUGGCCAGCUGGAUGGUGUCCCAGCAGCACGCCACCCUCUGUCCGGCCCGCACCUCCUGCACGCUCUGUGCCAUGCGAGCUCACGUGACCCGAGCCCUCCUUCACCCGGGAGAGGUGAUCCUGCCCCACAAGGACCUGCUGGCGGGCUUCCACACACACCGGCAGGAAGAUGCCCACGAGUUUCUGAUGUUCACUCUGAAUGCCAUGCAGCAAGGGUGCUUGAGUGCAUCCCAGCCGUCGGGCCAUCCCUCCGAGGACACCACCCUCAUCCGGCAGAUCUUCGGCGGGACGUGGAGGUCUCAGAUCCAGUGUCUCCACUGCCUCGGUGUCUCGGACACGUUCGACCCUUAUCUGGACAUCAGCCUGGAUAUCACGGCGGCUCAGAGUGUGGAGCAAGCUCUGAGAGAGCUGGUGAAGCCCGAGAAGCUGGACGCUGAAAACGCCUAUGACUGUGGCCUUUGUCUCCGGAAGGUGCCUGCCACCAAGAGGUUGACUUUGCACAGCACGUCCCAGGUCCUGGUGCUGGUGCUGAAGCGGUUGACACAGGUGAGCGGGGCCAAAAGGGCUCAGGAAGUGCGCUAUCCCCAGUGCCUCGACCUGCAGCCCUACACGUCUGAGCGGAAGGCAGGGCCACUGGCCUACGUGCUCUAUGCCGUGCUGGUGCACUCCGGGUGGAGCUGUGAGCGAGGACACUACUUUUCCUACGUGCGAGCGGGCAACGGCCAGUGGUAUAAGAUGGACGAUGCCAAGGUGAGCGCCUGUGACGCGAGUGCUGCCCUGAGCCAGAGCGCCUACGUGCUCUUCUACUCC